AUACUAUAUUGAUUUUUCUUCUUAUACAUUGUAUACAUAUGCGUGUGUGUGUGUGUGUGUGUGUGUGUGUACAUAUAUUAUAGGGUAAUGCUGCAUAAAUUUUUUAAUGGACCGACAAUGUAUUCUAAUGCUGCCAUUAAUGGAGGCGACAACCUAUCGAUUCCCCGCUGAUCUUUAGCAGCAAAGUCUCUCUCUCUCUCUCUCUCUCUCUCUCUCUCUCUCUCAUACACACACAACACACACACACACACACACAACCACAAGGCCAUCUCUAUUUCACUCUCUUUAUACCAUUUGUAGUUGCAGAAAACAGUGAACCUUUUGAGCCUCAUAUAAUGCAACACAAUCAUCUGUUCCCUACUUCAAAAGCUACCACUACUCCAAACUCUUAAUAUCUCUUCCCCGUUAAGUUUCCACAACCUCCACUUUCAUUUUCUUCUCUCUCUAUCUCUCUGAAAUAUACUGUUCACAUACAUGGAUUUCCAACCCAACACUUCACUACAUCUUAGCCUUCCAAACAACAUUCAGCUCAAUCUCGAUCUUGCCCUCGAUCCUUCACCGUCUUCUUCUUCUUCUUCGUCGACCCUCGGUCCCUCCAAUCCUCGAAUCUUUUCUUGCAAUUAUUGCCAGAGAAAGUUCUACAGCUCUCAAGCACUUGGUGGCCAUCAAAAUGCUCACAAGCUCGAGCGGACUUUGGCGAAGAAAAGCAGAGAACUGAGUUCGGCGGUCCGAGCUCAUCACGGUCGGCACGGUACCAACUCCGGCUCUGGCAGCGGCUCGAGCCAUAUUGGACAUAUUGAUCAUCAUCAUCAUCAUCAUCAGCAAUCUCUUGAACAUGAAGGUGGUCAUCAUGGUGGCAGGUCUAAUUAUGAUGCUAUGAAUUAUGAGAGGAGAGAUAUUACAAGUACUUAUGGUGGUUCUGUAGAUGGAAUUACUACUUCCUGGCCUAGAGCUUAUACGACAUCUGAUCAAAAUGUUCAUCAGGAGGAGAUUAGUCAGCUUGAUUUGUCUUUAAGGCUUUGAAUUUUUUGCUGACAAACUCAGAUUUUCUAAUGUAAUUUUUAUGUGUCUGAUUUUCACCAUGACUUUUCAUAUAUAUGUUUGAGGUGCAAAUAUAUUUAUAUCUGAAUCAUUAGAGAAAUUAAAAAUGAUUCAAUCAAAUUUGUGCGCUACUAUAUAUAUAUAUAUAUAUAUAUAAUCAAGAGCUUUAAUUUUUAUCA